CUCUCCCUGCACGCUCACUGACAGCUAGUAUGACUCGGGUUUUCGGUGAAAAACGUGACAGUGUAUAAAAAAUUAUAGCGCACAACGUACGGAGGUGUUCUUUAAACAAAGAUUGAUUGUAAAUACGAAAGAAAAAGUAAAGUUGUUGUUAUUAUUCACGUUAAAAAUAAACGUCGUACGCGUAUUGCAUUCGCCGUUCUACUCGGGAGGCAGAUUUACCAUAACCUCAACGAGAUGUCCGAUUAUUUUGAGGAAAUGGGUUGGACGCCGUUGGCUCACGGAGAAACGCCAAAUCAUUUAAUCCAAAUGGCACGAUUCCUGCGGGACUUUGGCAUGUGGGACAUGCUCGGAGAAAAUGAGAAACUUUCACCACCUGCGUCGAAAAGCGCGGUAAACAAUUUGGAAGAGGUCACAAUCGAGUCUGGUGAGGUCAAACAGUGUCCAGUUUGUUUGAAGGACUUUCAAACGGGCAAUAAAGCGAAGUUGAUGCCAUGCCGUCAUGCAUUUCAUCAGGAGUGUAUUUUACCGUGGUUAGAAAAAACCAACUCGUGUCCGCUCUGUCGGUAUGAACUGCCAACAGACGAUGAAGACUACGAGAUGUACAGGAAGGAGAAGCGACGAGCAGUGGAGAGGGAAAAGGAUCUGGAAACUCUACACAAUUCUAUGUUUAGCUAGGAUUCUUCUAUUUCCUUCUAUUUUCCCUUAAUCUUUUAUAGAAAGUUCUCUGUGUUAUUUCAUAUUUUCUAAUGUUAAGGAUCACCUUUGGAGAUGAUUUUGCUAACGAUUAGAAGCGCUUUGGGUUAUUGCUGGUCGAUAAGAAAGUGUACGCAGUUACGUGAACAUGAUUUAUACAUGUAAUUUAUUGAUGGUUUAUAAGAAACACAAUGUUUUAUAACAAACAAACAAGCAUAACAAUGUUAAGUGAAAGAGAAAAAUACGAAAUAAAAUAUACAAAGGUGCGCUACGUGAUAUCACGAGGGAUUUUCGAUUCUGGUGUAGAAAGCUGAUUGAAUAAAAAGGCAUGAAUUAUUAAUAGGAAAUAAUGUUUAUUAUACAGUGUACAUAUUUAUUAACUUCAUUUAUUUUAUUUCUGUUAUAAAUUUUAUAUUAAUAAUUGUAUUAUGUUUUUGCCGAGCGACGAAUGCCUUGAUCAGUGUGCGCUUAGACUAUAACAAUCUCCGUAAAAAGUAUAGAAACUUCUGAUUUUUA